UUUGAACUUCUACAAAUAUUUUUAUUAAAUUUUUAAAACAAUUAUUAAGAAUUUUUAUUUAUUAUAAAUAUUUAGGAAGAUUAUUCUCGUGUGACGAGGUGGCCGAGUGGUUAAGGCGUUGGACUGCUAAUCCAAUGUGCUCUGCACGCGUGGGUUCGAAUCCCAUCCUCGUCGAUUUCUUUUUGUUCAUAAAUUUUUUUUGUUAACUUAUUUAUAAUCAUUGUAUAUAUAUUACAUGAUACACAUGGUUCUUAUUUUGUAUACAUAAUUUACAUUUACAAUCUCAUGUACUAUUUAUAAUCGGCAGUAGAUAAGAAGAAAUCUGUAGAUAACAUUGACAAAACAAUUUACAUUUAAUAUGAAGUUACGCAAAUAUCAUUUUUUAUUUCUUAAAAAUAAGAUGGCAGAGAAAGAAAAAAAAGUUGUCAAGAAACAAGAAGAAGUUUCUAAAUCUGACAAUGCAAAAAAUGAUAUUUCUGAUUUUAAUAAUGAACAAAUUGAGAAUGGUAAUUGCAAUAUCGAUGUAAAUUACACACAUCCUAUAGUAACCGAGAGAAAAGGUUUCAUAGAUUUGACGGAUUAUGAAAGAAAUUAUGAAGAAAUAGAAACUUAUAAUACCGCACAACGAAGUAAACGUCAACCUAUUAAAAAAUCGAAGGGCUUUAUAAAUAUAAAAGAUCAGCCAGAAAAAGAAGCAAAUGGUGAAAAUAUUUCACCAAUAUUUCCAGAUGAAAAUGAAAUUGAAAAAUAUACAAAAGAAUCGAAGAAGACGACUAAUAAUAAGGAAAAACAUGAAAACGAUAGAAUUAACAAAUCGAUUGUGGCAAAAAAAGACGGAGAUGACGUCGAGUCAAAAGAUGUGUCAGAACAGAUCACUGUAUUGCCAGAGGAAGCAUACGUCCAACAUAUGGAACGCAUCAUUGCUUCAAAGACUCUUCCUUCACGAGACAUAGAAAUUCUUCAAAAUUUGUACGCUCGUUAUAACUCCGAUAAGAAGCAAACACCUACAGCAAAGAAAAUUUAUAUCGAAACUGAUGUCAAUACUUCGGAGCUUAACGAAAGUAAAACUGAUACUCGCGAUCAAAUAGAACAACCAUCAACAAGCGAGAAGGAGAAAGUUAUUCUUGAUUCAAGUUCCAAGGAUCUUGCGAAAGACAUUCUCCGAUCAGAUAUGCAGGACAUAACUGAGACUCUUACUUCGAUUGAGUCACCGAUUCCUGACGAUAAAAAAUUGGAAUCAUUGGAAAACAAUUUAUUUGUAAACAAAGACAAAAUUUUAACGAGCACACCGAAGACAAAUUUGGUCAAGAAACUCAAUGCUACAUCUGAUCUCAAAAAUGCAAAGAACGAUGAAUGCGAUUUAAGUUCUAUGACAAUCGAAAGUCCUUUUUCUGAUUUCACCCUCAAAAAUGUAGAACUGAGAACGAAUUUAGAAAAUAGCGUAGUCAAAGAACAGAAUGUCUUAUCUGAUAUUAGCAAAACUUUGCUUAGUAGUAUAAUGCCUAGCAAUAAUGAAAAAAUUAAACCGGUGGACGAAUCUAAAAUCAUUUUACAGUUUUCAGAGAAAAAAGACCUUAUCGAAACAAAAGAAAAUAUCUCUAAGACCGAAAGCGACGAACCAUUUAUAAAAAAAAUGUUACUCUGUCAUUGUAUCGAUGUAAAAAUGGAUACAAAGAACAAUGGGAAUAAUAGUAAUAAUAAUAAUAAUGACAUUAAUAAUAAUGCAUCGAUAAUUGAACGAAUCCGUAGAUAUUUUUUAUCUUUGCUAAUAGACUAUUUGGUUUCUUCACAAAUACCGAAUAUCAAGAAUAAAAUUUCACCUUACUAUUAAUGAUAAUUCAUGAAGGAUAAUUCAUCCAUUCGUGACUUCUAUGAGAACUUGAGAUUGCAUAAAAAAUUAUUCCAUGUAUUUUGUUCAAUGUAAAAACUUAUUAUAUUU